GAGGUUGGUGGUGGGGGUUGUGACAGACAAAUGUUUGGUCGCCGCGUCAUUAGCAGCAGAGCAUCAUCCUACUCUCAGUUGUCUUAACGACCCGCCAGAGGGCAAAAAAAAGCUGAUAUAUUUAAAGAACAGCGCCACUCCAGAUCCACGCAAUCUCUCAUGGUUCCUUCCAUAUUAUAUUAUGCACGCCACAGAGACAGAGAGAGGGAGAGAUGGGUUGUGUUGUUGUGAUGGGGGGGAAGUGGUAAUCCAACGUAGAAAGCGGGGGGGAUCAAAUCGAAAAACCCAAAAAGGGACGUCGAAAGCUGAGGUACUAGAAUUGCCAAUUUUUAAAAUGGGCAGAACCAGAGUAGUGGAGGGGUGGGCUCGUGCUUGACAUUUACAGGGCGGAGCGCUCUGCGGUGCUGUGGUUUGGGGCGCGCAGUAACGAUCUCUCUGGCGAAAAUGUGAAGAGACGAGACAAAAAGUUCCGUCCUUUGCCGCAGGUUUCUUUCUUGGCCAAUUUGCGGUAGAAGUGAAUUCUCAGAAUAAUUGAUAUCAGAGAGUUUGGCCUGGUGAUUCUCUGUGCAGAUUAUGCUAUCAUGAUGUGAGCAUAUCUUCAAAAUACAGAGAGGAGAGCAAUUGUGGUUAAAGGAAUAGAGACCGCCUUCCUUGUGUGAAUUUUUCUUUAUAAUGGCUAAAGUUUGUUGGCCAUACUUUGAUCCUGAGUAUGAGAACCUCAGCACAAGGAUCAACCCUCCAAGGGUGUCUGUAGACAACUCCAGUUGCAGCGACUGCACACUCGUCAAGGUUGAUAGCAUGAAUAAACCAGGGAUACUGCUAGAAGUUGUACAGAUAUUAUCUGACCUUGAUCUUAUCAUCACCAAAGCCUACAUCUCCUCUGAUGGAGGAUGGUUUAUGGACGUGUUUCAUGUCACCGAUCACCACGGAAAGAAAAUCACGGAUUCUAAAACCAUUGACUACAUAGAGAAGGCUUUAGGUCCAAAUGGCCACCACACAGAUCGAACCAAGACAUGGCCGGGCAAAAAAGUUGGAGUGCACUCAAUUGGUGAUCACACAGCUAUUGAGCUCAUUGGCAGAGACCGCCCAGGUCUCCUAUCCGAAAUCUCAGCCAUCCUAGCAAACCUUGACAUUAAUGUGGUAGCUGCUGAAGUUUGGACGCACAAUAGGAGAAUAGCCUGCGUCCUUUAUGUCAAUGAUAAGAUUAACUGCCGUGCAGUGGAUGAUCCAAACAGACUAUCGAUAAUGGAAGAGCAGCUCAAAAACAUCAUCCGUGGGUAUGAUGAUGAUGAAAAUGUGGGCCGCACCAGUUUCUCCAUGGGAUUCACGCAUGUUGAUCGGCGACUGCACCAGAUGUUUUUUGCCGAUAAGGAUUAUGAAAAUUGCGGAGUGACAGCUAGUGCAGACGAUUAUUCUUCCUUGAUGAAACCCAAAAUCACCAUUGAGCAUUGUAAGGAGAAGGGGUAUUCAGUGGUGAGUGUGAGAUGCAAAGACCGAGCGAAGCUACUUUUUGACAUAGUGUGCACGCUCACAGACAUGCAGUAUGUUGUUUCUCAUGCUACUAUCUCGUCUGAUGGCCCAGAUGCAUUACAGGAGUAUUACAUUCGUCAUAUGGAUGGUUGCACUCUUGAUAGUGAAGGUGAGAAGGAAAGGGUCAUAAAAUGUCUGGAAGCUGCAAUUCAGAGAAGAGUAAGCGAGGGUUUAAGCCUAGAGCUAUGUGCAAAAGAUAGAGUAGGACUGCUAUCUGAAGUGACGAGGAUCCUGCGAGAGAAUGGGCUGUCAGUUUCGAGAGCAGGAGUCACCACGGUCGGGGAGCAAGCCAUGAAUGUGUUCUAUGUGAGAGAUUCCUCUGGAAAUCCUGUGGACAUGAAAACCAUUGAGGCGCUUCGCAAGGAAAUCGGACAUACGAUGAUGCUGAACGUGAAGAAGGUACCGGCCAGUGGGAGCGCCAAGGCUCCUGAGUCCAGUAAUUGGGCCAAAACAAGCUUUUUCUUCGGGAAUCUGCUAGAGAGAUUCUUGGCUUGAAAACCAAUAAGAAGCAAAGAAUGUCCUUAGAGGUUGGUAACGAGCACCCUCCAAAUGUAUAGAGAAUAAGCCAUUUGUUGACAAAUUGUUGGCAUGGCCGUGCUUCCUUUCAUCCAUGGUGAGAACUGUAAGAUAUGAUGCUUGAAGUAUGAUUUGCUUUAAUUUGCUUGGAUCUUUUCUGGCUUUAUGGCCGGAAAUAUCAAAAGCUAGCAUAUAAACUCGUCGCUUGUCCUUAGAAUCCUUGACUUGGCAACCUACCUCUCUUAGGAAAUGUGUGAAUAAUUUCUGGUUCUUCUCAUGCGAGGCAGUACAAGAUUCUCCUAUGCA